AUGGCCUCGGAGGCGGACUUGCGCGCCCGGCUGCAGCGCGCCAGCCAGGAGCACCUCCUGCGCUUCUGCGCCGAGCUGGCGCCGGAGCCCCGCGCCGCGCUGCUGGCCCAGCUCGAGGCCCUGGAGCCCGAGGCGCUGCGCCAGCACUGCCAGCGCGCGGCUGCCGCCUGCGCGCGCCCCCCAGGCCCGCCGUCCGACCUGGCUGCGCGCCUGCAGCCCCUGCCUCCUGAGCGCGUGGGCAGCGCGACCGAGGGUGACCCCCAGACCCGGCGGCUCUGGGAGGAGGAAGGUUUCCAUCAGAUCGCCCUGAACAAGGUGGCCGUGCUGCUGCUGGCUGGUGGGCAGGGCACCCGCCUGGGGGUGACCUACCCCAAGGGCAUGUAUCAGGUCGGGCUGCCCAGCCAGAAGACCCUGUACCAGCUGCAGGCAGAACGGAUUCGGCGGGUGGAGCAGCUGGCCGGCGAGCGCUACGGGACCCGCUGCACGGUGCCCUGGUACAUCAUGACCAGUGAGUUCACGCUGGGGCCCACGGCCAAGUUCUUCAAGGAGCAUGACUUUUUCCACUUGGAUCCCAACAACGUGGUCAUGUUUGAACAGCGCAUGCUUCCUGCUGUGUCCUUCGAUGGCAGGGCCAUCCUGGAGAGGAAAGACAAGGUCGCCAUGGCGCCAGAUGGCAAUGGGGGCCUGUACAGCGCGCUGGAGGACCACCAGAUCCUAGAGGACAUGGAGCGGCGAGGAGUGGAGUUCGUGCACGUGUACUGCGUGGACAACAUCCUGGUGCGGCUGGCCGACCCGGUCUUCAUAGGCUUCUGCGUGCUGCGGGGCGCCGACUGUGGAGCCAAGGUGGUGGAGAAGGCGUACCCUGAGGAGCCAGUGGGCGUGGUGUGCCAGGUGGACGGCGUCCCCCAGGUGGUGGAGUACAGCGAGAUCAGCCCCGAGGUGGCGCAGCUGCGCGCGCCAGGUGGGGGCCUGCUGUACAACGCAGGCAACAUCUGCAACCACUUCUUCACCCGAGACUUCCUCCGGACGGUCACCAGGGAGCUCGAGCCCCUGCUGCAGCCACAUGUGGCUGUGAAGAAGGUCCCCUGUGUGGACGAGCACGGACACCCAGUAAAGCCGCUCCAGCCGAACGGGAUCAAGAUGGAGAAGUUUGUGUUUGACGUGCUCCCGUUUGCCAAGAACUUCGUGGCCUUCCAAGUGCUGCGGGAGGAGGAGUUCUCCCCACUCAAGAACGCCGACUCAGCCGACAGGGACAGCCCCUCCACGUCCCGGCGGGCCCUGCUCGCCCAGCACUGCCGGUGGGCCCUGCGGGCAGGCGCCCGCUUCCUGGACGCACACGGGACCCGGCUCCUCGAGCAGCCCAGCCUGCCUGGCAGCACAGAGCCUCCGGCCAUCUGCGAGAUCUCACCCUUGGUGUCAUAUGCUGGAGAGGGACUGGAGGAAUUCCUGCGAGGCCGAGAGUUCCGGCCCCCACUCAUCCUGGAUGAGGCCACUGCCAAGGAGCUGCGGCCCUGACCCCUGCCAACCCCGGGGCCCAAGACUCAGGACACAGCCCCACCUGGGCUCCGGGCAGGGGAGCUGCUCUGCAAUUCUGGCGGCAAACCGGGGAGCACAGAACAGAGCGGGCUUU